UGCUCGUUGGUCGGUUGUGUUAACAAGCCAACCAAAAGACUAUCACCUAAAAGAAUCUCACAACGGCGAUGUUUUACUUGAAAAGGAAACUUUUGUACUUGACGCACCAUUUCCUGAUGUCACUAUUGAGGAUGAAAACAUUGGUUUACGUGAGGAUGGUGAAGGUUUAUGGUUUGAAAAUUAAGUGUUACUUGACAAAUUGAGUGGUUUUUACAUGAAAACACUUUUAGAACAAGGUACACAAGUAUGGAUCCCCCUUUAUCUGAUGAUGAUGUUGACCCAUUUGGCGAUGACAAUGAUGAGAUGGGUGAAAUCCCACAAGAUGUUAAAAUUUCGAAGAUAUAUAGGGGCAAAACAGUUUGUGCUGACGUCAUAAAGGCUAGAAGUGAGGGUUGAAAAUUAGUGGUUGAAUAUAAUCAAUUGGGGAUAUCAAUUGGAAAGGGGGCAACGAAGAUGGCAAGUCGUAUUGGAGUGUUGGCACGUUGUCACAUUCCUUUGAAUAUUGAUGACUGGAGGUUGGUCCCAAAUGAAACUAAAGAGCUAAUUUGGAAGGAAAUUAAUGAGUCAUUCGAUAUACAAGCCACAUCUAAAGCUAAAGUUUUGAGUGAAGUCGGGGACCGAUGGAGAGAUUGGAAGAGUUGGCUAACAAAAAAUAAAGUUGAAAAGUACAAAGAAAAAGCUCCUGAACUUCUUGCCCAUCCACCAGAUGCAUGGAGCAAUUGGAUCAAACAAGAUGAUUGGGAAGGAUUCGUUGCUAAGAGAUUGUCUCCUCAGUGGGCUGAGCUAAGAAAAAAGAAACAAGGUGUGCGGGCACAGAACAAAUACAAUCACCGCACAGGACGAGGUGGUUACAAACAGAUAGAGCAACAACUUGAAGCAGAAUUAGGCCACGAACUAACAGAUUUUGAUAGAGCUGAUAUGUGGUUAAGGAUAAGAAAGGAAAAAAAAGGAGAGUCAACUGAGGAUGUAGCAUCAAUUAUGGAGAAGAUUGUUGACUACAAACAAAAGGUAGCAGAAGGAAUUUUGGUGGUGGAAGGAUCCAAAGAUGUCCUAACUUUGGCUUUGGGCACCCCUGAGCAUUCUGGAUGUGUUAGGGGGAUGCCUAAAGGUGUCACCCCUACUCAAUUUUUUAAGACACCAAAGCCUAAGAGAAAAAGUCAGCUCGAAGUAACUACUUCAGAAGAUAGCCGCAUUAAUAGGUUGGAAGAGCAACUUCGACAAUCUGAUGAGAGGAACCGCCGAACUGAGGAGAAGUUAAAUCAAUUGUUGGAGAAAUUUACAUCAACACAGAGCAAUAUCGUUGAGUCAUCACAUGCAUCUGGUUCUUGUGUGGGAAGGGCAGCCUCUAAUGUAUCAUCACCACCACCACCACUAGCACCAUAUGUUGAACAAGAGGUUGUUCCACCAAUACUAGCAUCACCACCACCACCACCACUAGCACCAUAUGUUGAACAAGAGGUUGUUCCACCAGUACUAGCAUCACCACCACCACCACCACUAGCACCACAUGUUCAACAAGUGCUUGUUCCACCAAUACUAGCACCACCACCACCACCACCACCACAUGUUCAACCGGUGUUUACUCCACCAGAACCACAAGUUCCGCCAACUAUGCAUGAGCAUAUUAAAUGCAAGCUUGCUAUCAAAACAAGAGACAACAUAGUUGCAUCGGGAUACAUCCUUAAAACUGAUAGUACAGAUAUCCAUGGAAAAAAGAUGCCUAAAGAAGUUGCUCGUGUAGUCAUUGAGGUAGCCCACGAUGAGAUGGCUAGGCUACAAUUUGCUAAUUUGAAUGCAGGGAUCACUUUGGUAGGUCAAGCAGUUGGGGUACCAGUAGCAUGGCAUAAACAUCUUAUUAUCGACGAAAGUGAGCGGGGACAGAAGAGAAAGCAAGAAGAUAUUGAGGCGAUGAUACCUUCCACUCAACAUCCACAACCCCCAAAGCUUCCGCGUGUAGAGCCAUUGACACAGGAGGUAGUGUAA